GAUAAACUUUCUUGUCCAGCUAUGACAAGGUUUCUGUCCCUGUCAUCCUUAGAACAAGACGACGAACUAAAACGUUGGCUGAAAUUCUUUUAUGAAGUUUCGCCAAAUGAAUAUGCAAAAUUAAAAACUUUGGAAAAACCAAAACAGAGGAAAGAGGAACUUAAGUCAAAACAAAAUAAAGACCCACUUCAGUAUUACAGGAGGAUUUUAUAUCAGAGCAUUUUAGACUCAAAAGACAAAAUUAAAGAGAUAUAUGAACGCAAAAGGCAAAGACAACAAGAAAUUGUAAAAGAAUCAUUUGGAGCUAUUGUAAAGCAACUCAUUACAGGAAAUUCAGCAGACGACAUGAAAUUUUCACGAGAUGUAGUUUCCAAAAAAUUGGCAGAAGUUCUUUUUGAUUUGCAAUAUCUUGAGAAAGAACGGAGAGUUGGUGUCUCUGGUGCUCCAGUCCAAUCAGAAAGCUUUGAAAACUUGGUAAAUAAUUUGAAAGCAGAUGAUAGGACAGAUAACAGUACAAUAUGUGAACCGGUACUAGACGCAGAUAAAGGUUAUGAAAACGAGAAAUGUGACGUUAUUAAUUUAGACGAGGUGAAUGACAAUGAAAACGUUUUUUUACAGGAAUUACUUGAUAAGAUUGUCGAUAAAGAUUUGCCCCUUUUGGAAGUAGAUUCUCUACAGGAAGUUUUAGAACCAAGUAAGACUGAAACAGAUGACGAGCAGAUGUUUUCAGCGGAAAUAUUCGAACAAUUGUCUUCAAUAUUUGAACAACACGCAAAGAAAGAAGUGAUUAUAAACGACGAGAAACCCGAAAUACGUAACCCUGCAAGCAUUCUCAACAACUGGGUUUUGGCUGAUCAGUUUAGGUCACUGGCUAGAGGCACAAAUUAUAAUUCUAUGUACUCUCUUAUAGACAGAAAACAUUUGUUACCAUUCCUUCAUGCAAGAGAGAGGACAAAGUGUUACAUGGGCGUAAAUAAGCCACAAAACAUUUCACCUAACUCCUCAAAACCAAAAGCUGAACGCGAACGGUAUCAGGCUAAAAUUGAUCGGUUAAAUUUUCAGAAACCAACAGUUAUACAUACUCGUCCUACCCCAGCUAUACACAUGGUUGGGACUCCGAGAUAUAGACUACAAGUUCCACAGGUUAGACCGGCGAUUCAAAUGGCAUCACCACACAGUCUUAUACGUCGGGCACCACUUGGCCAAACAUUCGUCAAAUUCACCUCCCAACCUCUUGGUCGUUAUCGUGUCUUCUCUGUUAGGCAAACUAAGGGUAAUUGAUGACUGCUAUGAUUGAUGGACAACUAACUAUUCAUAAAACAAACUUGAGCAUUAGAAGAUUGAAAUUCUAUCUCCAGUGUCUUUCUUAACCGAUAAUCUGUGAUAUAUAUCUCUAUUUCUAUUUUAAAUAUUCGUAUCUACAUUGUUAAGAAUUAACAUAUAUAUUGAACUGUUAUAUCGUAUUGAAUUAGUUUCCAGGAAAACUUAUUCGCUUUAAGACCUCUAUUCUUUGCAUGGCAGUGCAUUGCAUUUCUGUGGAAAAAUUGCAUUUCGCUUUAUUUGCUAGAUUAUGUAAAGAUGGAUGUCAGAAGAAGGAUCUCAUGAAAAAUAUACCGUGCUCUGUAAGAUUAAACAAAUGGAGGGAGACAAUAUUUAUUUUUAUAUUUGUAUGGAGUUGCCUUCGGUUAUGUGACAUUUAAAUCUGAUACAUUCUAGACAAUGUCUUUGUCACAAAGCAUAUUACAUUUUGGUUUUGGGCGCCUUUAUUUUUUUGUUGCUAUAUUGUAAUACAGUUUUUCUAGAAUUCGUUAUAUAUUGGUAAAAAUAAGAUGUCACGAUUUGGAGAUUGGAUAUAUACAUAAAGAUGUUUUACGUCUACAAGUCGACGAAUGAUAAUUAAUAUGAAAUAAAACAUUCUGAAACACAUUGGUAAAACGUAACAGGAUGACGUUUGCUCACGGUUUAUGUUUUGAAACUUCCUUAACCUUAAAAUUUUCGAAAGUCAAAAAUUGUAUAUAAUAAUAUCUUUACUAGCUGUUGUACCAUGUGUGUAAAAGAACUGAACCUUGUCCCCAAAAAAAACCCAACAAUAUUAUCAAGAAAAUAAAAAUUGAAUUGUGACAGUAGUAUCUUUUGAACUGAAACAUGCUAAUGUCACUUUUUCAUACUUAUGCUAGUUGGUAUAUAGUAUAAAUACAAAUCACAUGUAGUAGAGCCUAUCCUUACCUUUUUUAUGCCCAUCGCUGCAUAUGGUAUAAAGUUUAAAGCCAGUUCGUCCAUCUGUCUUAACUUUGUUGUUAUAAUUAUA